GGGAGAAUGGCUUGGGUAGUAACCUUUGCCUCUCUUCCACAGGCCUGGAUUUAAGACUCUCUCAACAAUGCAAGAGUAUGUCUUGGAGAAUUACCUGUCUGAAGAUUUCUUCAGUGAUUUUAGUAACUAUAGUUACAGCACUGAUCUGCCUCCUGAUGUGCAAGAAUUUACCCCAUGCUGGCCGGAAGCCUUAGACACCAACGGUUAUGUUGUGGUUGUCAUGUACACUGUGGUGUUCCUGCUGAGCCUGCUGGGAAACUCCCUGGUGAUGCUGGUCAUAUUGUACAGCCGGAGCACCUGCUCAGUCACUGAUGUCUACCUACUGAACCUGGCCAUAGCUGAUCUCCUCUUUGCCUUGACCUUGCCCAUCUGGGCUACCUCCAAGGUGAAAGGCUGGAUUUUUGGAACAGCCCUGUGCAAGGUGGUCUCACUCCUGAAGGAGGUCAAUUUCUACAGUGGGAUCCUGCUGCUGGCCUGCAUCAGUAUGGACCGCUACCUGGCGAUUGUCCAUGCUACACGCACCUGGAUCCAGAAGCGCCACUUGGUCAAGUUCGUAUGCUUAAGCAUGUGGGGACUGUCUCUGAUUCUGUCCCUGCCCAUGUUACUGAUCCGUAAAACCGUCUACACAUCCAGUUCCAGCCCGGUCUGCUAUGAGGAUGUGGGUAACAACACGACAAUGUGGCGCUUGGUGCUUCGAGUUCUGCCCCAGACCUUCGGCUUUGUCAUUCCCCUGCUGGUCAUGCUGUUCUGCUAUGGGUUCACCCUGUGCACGCUGUUCAAGGCCCACAUGGGGCAGAAGCACCGGGCCAUGCGGGUCAUCUUUGCUGUGGUGCUCAUCUUCCUGCUCUGUUGGCUGCCCUACAACCUGGUCCUGCUCGCAGACACCCUCAUGAGGACCCAAAUGAUUGAGGAAACAUGUGCACGUCGCAAUGACAUAGACCGGGCCCUGGAGGCCACAGAGAUUCUAGGCUUCCUGCACAGCUGCCUCAAUCCCAUCAUCUAUGCCUUCAUUGGCCAAAAGUUUCGCUAUGGACUCAUCAAGAUCCUGGCCACCCAUGGCUUCAUCAGCAAGGAGUUCCUGGCCAAGGAGAGCAGGCCUUCCUUCGUGGCAUCUUCUUCAGGAAACACCUCUACUACCCACUAAGCUCU